GAACUCUUUUACUGCGUAGAAUCCCUCUCUUCUCGCAGUUGACUUUCACUGUAUUGAGACGUCGCUACAUAUUGCUGCGACACCCUUCAAUCGCCCGCAUACCACCGCGCUCACAACUUAGUCGAGGUGGCGCGAUAUUUCUGGUCCGGAGCUCCCCCGAGCUCUCAAUCCUCUCCCACGCCUCCACCCUCCUCCCAUCCACCGCCGCAAAUGUCUCAACCGUCUCAAUCGCCAGGGCUAACACCCCAGUUUUGCUUCAACCAAACCGUCCUACGAGACUUCCUCCGCCUCUCCCGCAGCACAAUCGACGACUCGAUAACGCAAAACCUUAACGCCCUGCUAACUCCCGCCUCCGUCCCCUGGAACCCCUCCUCCACCUCAACCCGCCAACUUUCCCCUCCAAACCGCUCCAUCCCUCCGGAAUCAUGCGACAGGUUUAAACACGAAGUGCUGUUCCCCAGCUGGGCCUUCCGCUCGAACGUCCUCGACUACUGCGCCGGCGUCGCCACGUCGCCCGACCCCGACGACCCGGAUCAAAUCCUUCGGCAGGUGGAAGAUGACAAGGCGAGGGAGCGCGUGGUGGAUGAGCGGUUGGAUCCCUAUUCGGGGAGGUACUUUCCGAGGGAGGGCAGGACUGAGAGUCUGGCCACACUGAUGCGGAACGAGCGGGCGGUGGAGAAGAUUAUCAGGCAGAGAACGUGGAGUGUCAUUGGGGAGAGGUGUGGGGAGACAGGGCAGACGGCCGAAGAGGCUUUUGAUCGGUGGAGGGCGGAGCAGAGGAAGGGCUAAUGAGGUGCAGAAGGCAGUUGGCGUAUAAUGGCGCGGCUUGUGGAUGUUGAUAUGAAGUCAUGUCUCCGCUCUGUAUAUUGCAUGUAGAUCAGCCAUUUGUUAGAUCAUGAAGGAGACCAAUCUCCUGAGAGGCGUACCAUGGCUCUCAUCUUGCGAUGAGCCAUCAAUAAUCAAAAAGAGAGCGUUUUCCUGUC